UUAUGUGUGUUUUCAGGCCGAUCAACUUACAGAGGAACAGAUUGCCGAAUUCAAAGAAGCGAUCUCGCUAUUCGCUGACAAGGACAGUGACGGCACAAUCACAACCAAGGAACUGGGAACCGUGAUGCGAUCGUUAGGACAGAACCCCACAGAAGCCGAACUGCAAGACAUGAUAAACGAAGUCGACGCGGACGGCAACGGCACGAUCGAUUUCCCCGAAUUCCUGACCAUGAUGGCUCGCAAAAUGAAGGACACCGACAGCGAAGAGGAAAUCCGGGAGGCGUUCCGAGUCUUCGACAAGGACGGCAACGGCUUCAUCUCGGCAGCUGAGCUGCGUCAUGUCAUGACCAAUCUCGGCGAGAAGCUAACGGACGAGGAGGUGGAUGAGAUGAUCCGCGAAGCCGACAUAGAUGGCGAUGGCCAGGUUAAUUAUGAAGAAUUCGUAACAAUGAUGACAUCGAAGUGAGCUACAGGUCGAAAAAUUAUUGCGCCUUUCUAUUAUUAUUUGUUUAUAAAGAAGACUGUAGCCACGCGCAACACCAGCUGCGCAACGCUAUUGCUAUGGAUUUAAAAAGAGUAACAAAAAAAAGAGUAAAAAGAGAAAAAAGUAAAAAUUAACAUUAAAUUAAAUUUAAACAAACCACACAGAAAGAAAACAGAAAAACCCAGAGGAUGCAUGAGCAGACAGAAGUGGAGAAGUACAGAAAAUAAUGCAAAAAAAACAAAACACACACAGUAAGGAGAAAAUAACUUAAAUUAAUUGUAACAACACAAUUUUAAAUAAGAUAAAUAAAAAAGGAAGAAAGAAAAGAAAAUACAUUAAUUAAAGUUAA